AUGGAGUCCCCCGUGGUGCAUCCUGAGUCUCCGAUGGAUGGCGAAGACGUGCCGUUUCCUUGUAUGGGUUGUGGAGAGAUCCUAGAAGAAGGCAAGGCUUUCGAACUCUCUGGUCAACGCUGGCAUAUCGAUUGUUUCCGCUGCAGUACCUGCAAUACUCUUCUCGACUCCGAUGCCCACCUGCUUCUCCUCGGUGAUGGUUCGCUGAUCUGCAGCAACUGCACCUACAGCUGCAAUUCGUGCGGAAACAAGAUUGAGGAUCUGGCUAUCCUCACGGGCGAUCAGGCAUUCUGCGCCCAAUGCUUCCGAUGCCGUAACUGCAAGAAGAAGAUCGAAAAUCUGCGCUAUGCGCGCACAUCACAAGGAAUCUUUUGCAUGGAUUGCCACGAGUCUCUCAUGCAACGGCGGCGAAAGAAGAAAGCUAAUGCUGCUGCAGCCAAACGACCCGGAGGGCCAGGGGUGAAGCUCGACAAGUCACUUCCCUCGCUGCCCCCGAACAUGGAAGAGACUCGGUCUAUCGAUGAAACACCAAGCGAAUCGUAUGCCGAAGCGGUUGACAACCGCGUCGAUGCAACGCCUCCAGAGCAGCACGCUGCAGAUGAUAACCUUCUUCUACCUUCGAGCACAUAUCGUAGCAGCCGCCAUCUUGGCGCACAGCGUGAGAACAACUCUGCUGAUGCUGGAGGCGAGCUCUUAAUCCCUCUUGCAUUCGAUCCUUCGGAGAGCCAACGGUCUUCCUCUCGUGCGCAAUCUCAGGCGCCGCCCCAGGAACAGUUGCCUCAUGAUUAUUUCGAUCAAGUUCGAUCGGGCGAUUCAUCGGUCCGGGCCUCUCGUGAUGGCCACUAUUCUCUGGAACCCCCGUCUCGUGCAUCUACUGAGAAUCCUUCGCCUCACAUCGCAUACCAAGAGAAAGGAUGGGAACAGAAUGAUGAGGAGCAAGCGCGUCGCGAUACGGAAGCUCUCAAUGGCUCGGCCAAGGAAUUCACAGACAGCAUGGAUGCCACCCUUUCCAAAAUCGGACGGUCUGAGUCUGCUCGCAACUCACGAUACGAUCUCCCUCUUUCAAUUCGCGAAAAGAGCGCAUUCUCUGGCGCUACUAGCCCGGAGAGUGUUCGGUCCAAGGAAGCCACGGCCGAACCCCGGUCUGUGCCUCAAGAGCCGGCGGUUCGGCCCUCCAAUGAGCUCCAUCGCCUUCACGACCAUGGCUCGAUGGAAUCCGCACGUUCCCAGCAGUCUGCUGCUUACCCUCCCAAGCGGGGCGACUCGCUCGAAAGCAAGCAUCACCAGAUUCCCCGAAAGGAAGUCGGCGCAUCCCCGGCAUCGUCCGCCUAUGGGGGCUCUCCUAAGCUCGACGGUGCAGCUCCUGAACCACCAAAGCACCAGCAUAUGAACACCUCAGUGAGAGCACCGAUCUUCGAUGCCCAGCAAAACCUGGAUGGCGCAGGUUCGCCGUUCAUGGCGGGCUACCCCGGAUGUGAGUCCCCCGUCGAUCGAGGCCAUCAACCUCAUGAUUCCUUCUUCCGCCGCUUUUCCAGGCCUUUCUCCUACCGUGGUAGUGUUAGUGACAGGGGCUUGGGCAAUGGUCAUGGCAAGGAAGGGAAGGUCCCAAAGUCACCCGCUAACAGCAGCUCAGCUGGGCUUGAAGGCAGCUUUGGGGGAAUGGAAAUCGCCAGUCCCACCACCAGCACUUCCCAGGCCGACGAGAUCAGUUCACUCCGGAAGGAAAUUCGCAAGCAACGCGAGCGCAUUGUAGAAAUGGAGAAUGCUCUCCGCGCGACCUCCGACGUCAAGCAAGUCAACACGGAACUUUCGGAGAAGCGAUCGACCAUGGUGGUGUUAGAUGCGAAGCGGGAAAUCACGAUGCGGGAGCUGAAGGUGUUGACGGACCACAUCGAGGCCGAGAAGCGCGGCGGCAGCGGGCAGCCGCUCGACCUGGCCAAACUUUCGAACCACGUGCUCCGCGACCUCGCCGAAUCCAUUCACAAACUCAAAGAAACCUACACGCCCGAGAUCGAGGAACUUAUCCAGAAGCGCAAUGACCUAAACGAGCAGCUUGUCGACCUCACCCGCCAGAAAGAGAAGAGCUUCCAAGAGUUUGAGCAGCUGUCAUCGAAGAACGCGGAACUUGCCGAACUCAACAACCAACUCGUCCACAGCAUCCAGUCCAUGUACAAAAACAACCCCGACGGCCAGCGUAACACCCCCGGACUAGGCAUCUCCCACAACAAGGGCGGCUCCGUCCCGUCCAUCGAAGCCAUGAAGCCAACCAUGAACGAAUUCCCGACCUCGGUCUCCACGGCCCACAUCGGUGACGAGGGCGAGCCCGCGACUGCCCAGGUCGUCCCCGCCGGUCCGCAGGUCGUCAGCAUUCGCAAGGGCCAGCCCCGCAAGUUCAACUGGAAGAAGGGUGGCCAGAACGUGGCCAAGGGUGUCAAGGGCCUGAAAGGAGCGUUCAUGUCCAGCGAGGCUCAGGAGGCCUCUGGCGGUCUGCCUCGCUCCCAGACCCAGGAUCCCAGCCGUCAGGGCUUUGGCUUCUUUGGAAACCAGCGCAACAAGCAGGGCGGGAAGAUGUCGCAGGCAGACAGCGUGCCUGUCUUGGCCGAGAACAGUGGUACGACGCUAUUCGGUACUGAUCUCGAGGCUCGCAUGGAGCAUGAGAAGAGCAUCAUCCCUGGCAUUGUUUCUCGCUGCAUCCAAGAGGUCGAGUUGCGCGGAAUGGACAUGGAAGGUAUUUACCGCAAGUCCGGCGCGGCGUCCGCCAUUCAAACCAUCCGAGAGGGCUUCGAACGCUCCCCCUUCGAUCACGAUAUCUCGGACCCGGACCUCGAUAUCCAUGCCGUCACUUCCGCUCUGAAGCAGUAUUUCCGUAAGCUGCCUACCCCGCUCAUCACCUUUGAUGUGUACGACACCAUCAUCGACUCUGGCGAGAUUUCCAAUACUGCUGCCCGGGUUGAACUUCUGCGGAGCAACCUCCAGCAACUGCCCCGUGUGCACCGUGAUGUUCUGGAAUUCCUCAUUUUCCACCUGAAGCGCGUUGUCGAACGCCAGAAGGAGAACCUUAUGACCAGCCAGAACGUUGCCGUCGUCUUUGCUCCCACCAUCAUGCGCCCCGAGAGCUUAGCCCGGGAGAUGACGGAUGUGCAGAAGAAGAAUGACGUUCUGAAGUUCCUGGUCGAGAACUGCCAGGACAUCUUCAUGGACACUCAGGGUUGA